CACGCGCCAUUUCUUCCUUCCCGCCACCGUACGUACCCGGCGAGAUUCACGUUUUCCCUUCUCUUUUCCUAAUUCCCCCUUUUGUUCUUGCCACCCGUGCGAAAAACCGGUUGCAUGUUUUACACUUUACACACUAAACCUCAACCCGACGUCGUUUUUAGCUCAGUUACUGGCCAAGAAUUAAGUCCAUCAUGAGAGGACUAAGCACAUCGACGUGAGGUAUCAUUUAUUGAGGACAGAGAAGAGGAUUAAAGUGAAGAAGGUUGGCACCGCGAUAAUCCUGUUGAUAUGUUCACGAAGCCGAUUCUACAUGGCAAGUUCCAACACUACUUGGACUUGCUGAAUGUCUUGAGUGGGUGACUCCGCCCUGCGGGGCAUCAAUGGCGGGAGAGAGAUAGAAGGAGCAUAGUACAUCAGAGAUUUCAGAGGAAGAGGAUUCAAGUCAGAGUGGAGAUUUGUUGAUGUGACUCGAAUCGGACUAUCAGCCGCUACGACUAGUAGUCGGGGGUCCCGCGGUGUAUGGCCUCAAUGUUUUUGUGUUCGAGUUCUGGGCAUGGUCUGUAACCGUUUCCUUUGCCAGAUUGGAUUAGGUUUUGACCCCGCAUGGAGAAGUACUAUGAAUACUUCUCAUACUCCUCUGUAAUCUGUAAUCUCCUCGAUAUAGUGAAACUGACUCUCUCUCGCCAGCGGACUAGCUAACACACAUCGUGUUAGUGAACCACGUAAAUCGUGUGUCUGUGUUUUUCGAUUCUCCUUUUCGUAUUCUUACUUUAUUGAUUCCGGCGAUUUUUCGAUCCGUAGCAGCACGUUUAUAACAUGACAUAUAUUUAUUUACUUGUACAAAUCUUGGUUGGAUCGUGAAAUAAGAGAUAUGAACGUUAAUGCGUAGAUGAGCAGUCCAAUUAAAAUCAUAGUUCAACUCUAAUCCGCCAGCAAAUUAGUGGUACGGUAAUAAUAGCAACACUGACCCACACCACACUGCUUGCGUAACAGAAUGGUUCGAACUCGUUUAAUCUCCCAGAAACUAAUCCCUGUUUCCCGGAACAAAAGGAUAAGGCUCUUUGAAAUAGUUAUAUUAUAUUAUAUUAUACACGCCUUUUCCUUUAUUUUAUUAGGGAAAGCCCAACAGGCCAAGCAAAAGAAAGACUGACCUGACUGACUGAAGUGGACUUCAAUACAGUAAUACCUGGGCCGGGGCAAAGGAGGCAGCGCGUGCCCCCACUCUCGCCAACACGGCAGUGGGCUCGGCUGUAGUAGCAACAGUACGACUGUACAGAGCGAGCGAGUGAGCUGAGCUGUGGGGGUAAGGCUAAGUGGUCCCCACAGCCAGAGGAAAAAAAAAAAAAAAAUAGGGACCCACCACCCAUGUGCCCUCCCUCCUGUCUCCACCAGCUCCUGCCUCUCAAUGAUUAGCUCUCUCUCUGUUUCCCUCUUCUUCUUCUUCUUCUUCUUCCCCUAAACCACACCACCAUCAAACCCUUCCCUUCUCCUUCAAUCAAUCACCCACUUCUUCUCCCAACUCCUUUUCUUCCAUCAACCAUGUCCAAUUCCGACGCCGCCGCCGCCAUGAUCGACCCUCUAUUCCACCCUCACCUCCACAGACACCACCACCAGCACUCUCAGCCGCCGCCCUCCCCUGCCUCCUCCGCGCACCCUCCUUCCACCGCCACCACAACUUCCUCCACGGCCAUCGUUCCUGGUUCCGCCGGCGGCGGAACCAACGGCACGCUCGCGGUGAAGAAGCCGCCGUCGAAGGACAGGCACAGCAAGGUCGACGGGAGGGGGAGGAGAAUCCGGAUGCCAAUCAUCUGCGCCGCCAGAGUUUUCCAGCUGACCCGCGAGCUGGGCCACAAGUCUGACGGCCAGACCAUCGAGUGGCUGCUCCGUCAGGCCGAGCCGUCCAUCAUUGCCGCGACGGGCACCGGGACGACUCCGGCGAGCUUCUCCACCGUCUCCGCCUCCGUUCGCUCCGCCGCAGGGCCUACCCUGGCUGCUCUGUCGUCGCUGUCGAAUUCCUCGCCCAUGGACCACAAGCCCCUUCUCAGCGCCGCCCCUUUCAUACUCGGCAAGCGGGUCCGGGCCGACGACGACCACAACGGCAACAACGGAAACAGUGCCAAUGGAGGAGGGCAACAUCAUAAGGACGACGGCGGUGGGAUUCCCGUCUGCCACUCCCUCGUCGCGCCUACUGCCGCCGCCGGGCCGGGAGGGUUUUGGGCCGUUCAGGCCCGGCCCGAUUUCUGGGGUUACGCCGCGGCUCCACACGAGAUGGUAGCUCAACACUCGAGUCUCUUUGUUCACCAGCAGCAAGCAGCUGCGGCUGCGGCGGCCGCUGCCAUGGGGGAAGCCUCAGCAGCUAGGGUUGGGAAUUACUUGCCAGGUCACCACCUCAAUUUGUUGGCUUCCUUGUCGGGUGGGCCGGGCAAUUCCAGCCGGAGAGAGGAGGAUCCCCGCUAAAUUGGUGGUCGGAAGCUGGAAAUUCAGGUGGUAUAUAGUAGUAUGAGUUUAUAUAUAUGUAUAACCUUAUUUGUAUGUCAAGAUUUGUUGCCGUAGUGUCUUUGGGUCUGUUGUUCUUGUUGUUGUGUGAAGAGGUAGUGGUAGUAGUAGUAGUAGCAGUAAGUGAGGUUAAGCUCUUCUGGGCUUUAUCUAUCAGUGGAUGGUGGUUUUGGUUUUUUCAGAAGGCUCCUCAAAUUGGGUAUUUGAGAGAGUUCAUCUGUGUGGCUCACAGGAAAGAAGUUUGUGAGUGGUUAACUCUUUCUUCAUCUUCCUGGCCUCUCCAUGAUUGGUCUGAACUUAUCAGAAUGCAGGAAAGUUGGAGGCUUUUCACCCCCUAAUACACAGUUUGUAGCUCUCUGCUUGAUUCAAUUAUGGCUGUCCAAGAUGCCGGGUUGUUUUGGGCACUCUCUCUCUCCCCCCCAGAAUUCAUUGCCUUAUAUCCCAGCGAUGCAGAAACCAGAGAUGAGGCUGGUGAUGAUCAUUAUUUGGCACAGCUGCUGCAGAUUUGUCUCUUGCUCGAGCCUUCCUUCUGGGGUUAUAUUUGAUUUCAUUUCAUUUGGGUGGUCUCAAAGGAGACAAAAGAUAUACAGACAGGCGUGUGGUGAAUUUGGGGAAAGAACUCUGAUGCCUUUUCUCUGUAAGACCUUUGUUUUUAUUCUUCUCUGAAACUUUUUGUCAGCACUAGUAUUCUACUAUUCUUAGCCAUUUCAUUUUAGAGAUUAAUCAGCGUCCAGAAGAAGAAGAAUAAUGUGUGUUACUUGUAUGUAAGUUGAUGAUUGAGUUCCUUGAUGGAGAGGUGCCCUUUCAUGUGAAUAAGAACCUGUUUGUUUGGAUUAAUUCAGUCUAUUUAAUCCCUCGUUUUCUUUACCCGGUUUGCAUCAUUUGCUCGAUGAUGGCUUCUGAUCAAUGUGCGUAGUAUCUUCUGGUUGCGAGUCUCAGUUAUAGUGGUAAGGGUUCCACCAAAUUGACCAGCUUUAGGCAGGAUGAUUUGGUUAAGGGCAACCAUCUGAAGUUUUCGAUGCUGCUUUGCUGCUGUUGCUUGUGGAUGGUGCAAACAAAGUGAAUGCUGGUUUUAAUCAGCAGGUGAUGGACUGAUAGCUCGUUCUCGAGGCUUUUAGUUUUUGAAGGCAAUCAACCAUUUGCAGCUAUUUAUUUGACUCUAUGGCUGACUUGUUCACUGAUAUGCUGUCAACCACUGCCAUAGAUGCUCUGAUAACUUCAUGUAUAGGCUAUAAUAAUGGGUGGAUGCAGUAUUACAAAAGCAGAGUGAUGGGCAAGCUCUAAACCAUGACUGCUUGCCUUUGGUUGGUUGCAUGGGGUAAUGGGUGCCUGGUGAUGUCAAGAAAGAUUUUCUGGGUGCUAUUUGUAGGGAUGAUUCUCCCUUCUUAUCCACAAAAAAACUAAACCAAAUGAGGUUAAGAUCCAAUAAUUGACUAAUGGGUCCUAUGGGGGAUUCAAUGUCCUGCAGAUCUCUGCUACCCAAAAGAGGGAAAAUGGAAAAUGAAAUAUCAGACUUUUC